CCUAAUUUCUAAUAUUAUACAUUUAUAUACACAUCAUAAAUCUUAAUUUAAUUUUAAUGCGAUUAACAGAAGUAAUUGUUAACAUAUUUCGCCAUCUAAGUUCCUUAAUGUAAAAUAAAACCCAUUACAUGUCAAAGAUUUUUACUUAGGAAACGAUAAUUAUAUUGCAUUGGCAACACUGCGCUGGAGUCAACAACAAAAGUAGAACAAUAACAAUUGAAGUAAUUGAAACGUAAAAUAAAUUUAUUUUCGCACAAUUAACUUGGAUCGGAAUUCGCUAAAUUAAUAAUAUUAUAACAAUACGGUAAAAAUAUGCUCUCGUUCUUCUCCAAGAAAAAACAAGACACAGAUUCUGCAGAAGAAGCGAUACAAGGACCUACGGAUUCUACCCAGUUGAAUGAAGGUGGAGACGACUUCAUUUUCAUAGAACGAAAAACUUCAGACCACGAUCCUACUAAGUUUUCAGCACAAGGUAUAGGAAUGUAUCCGCCUAUACCUCCCGCAUUUGGAAUGGGUAGGUUUCCGGGACAACCGGUUUAUUCACCUAUGACUAAUGUCGCCAGUGCAUCGGACAACGUGUCACCAGUACCAUACGUACAAGGCGUUCCCUUUGAGUUAGCGCCACAGCUUAGCACAAAAAGUGAUUUUGAAGUAACACAAUUGCAAGUUGACAGCAUUUUAGCUCUGUUGACUCGUCAAAUGUCGGUGGACGAAAACGAAGAAUAUAAUUUUGCACUAGAAAGAUCAAUACAAAAUGAAUGUUAUUAGGUUGGAAAAUCGUUUAUAUAUCUGAUUUAUUUAGUUGUAAGAAAAUUAACGAAUGAAUAAAUUUAGUACGACAUUAAAAUCUCGAUUUUGUUUUUGUAAUCGAUUUAAGAUAUGUACAUACAUCUUGAUUUGCAUUACAGAAGAACUUCAGCUUUAUUAGAAUUUAAGAUUGUAGUUUGAAGAAAUACUAUUAUUUUAUAGAUAAAUUAAAAUGAUAUAAAUAAAGAAUAUUAAAGAAAGCUAUCGUGACAAUUUUUCCAGUAUAACUCUUGUUGGGUAUGUACAUAGGCGUAUAUCAGCUGAUAGUGACAUUUGAGGCCUUGAAUGGAAAUAAUAGUAUGUUUGUGUUCAUUCAUACAUUCCAUCCGUGCUUUAAACAAAAACAAUUUUACUGGCUAUGGUUAGUAUUCGACUCUGGUUUUUUGCUUAUACCAUUUAGAAAAAUUACUCACCCUUCUCAUAUAGUGUUGACAAAGUGUAUCGUCGUACUGACGCAAUUUAUUAAUAUCAAGGAGAUAUCUUUAUAACAAAUCAAAAAGAUGAAAUCUAGUUCUAUUACGGCAGGCAAUAUUUCCAAGGCGGGAUCUGACUUGGAACAGCUUGCACAACAACAGCAGUUAUAUGUUGAAACUUAUUCGGUGUAUGUGGUGACAUGGAAUGUAGGCACCCGUUUUCCGGACAAUAUCUCAUUGCGUUCACUUUUGGGUCUUCAAGGUGUCGAUGACCAGAACACACAAGAUUUGCCCGACAUUUACGCUAUUGGCUUGCAGGAGGUUAACGUUCAACCACAACAACAGAUGCUGGGUCUAUUUAAGGAAGAUCCUUGGACACACAAAAUAAAGAAAUUACUUCGUGACUACGACUAUGUGGUAAUUAAAUCAGAACAAAUGCAAGGGUUAUUACUUUCUCUGUUUGUACGUCGUGUUCAUGUGAAACAUAUGCGUGACAUAGAACCGGAAUUCACCCGUACCGGUUUUGGAGGAAUGUGGGGCAAUAAAGGUGCAGUGAGUAUUCGAUUCUCUUUGUAUGGUUGCGCAAUUACGUUUGUGGUCGCUCAUUUGGCUGCGCAUGAUAAACAUUUGGAUGAGCGCAUCGAGGACUAUGAACAAAUUAUGGAAAACCAUCACUACCACGUACCACACUACCGUGAAAUCUAUGAUCACGAUUAUGUUUUUUGGUUCGGCGAUUUAAAUUUUCGUUUGAUGGGCGACGAUAGUCCUGCUGAAGUUCUAGCUGCCAUUAAAAAUGAGAAACUGUCUGAACUUAUUGAACGCGACCAAUUGUUGCACGUGCGCACGAAAUUGCAAAAAGCAUUUCACUUAAUGCAUGAACGUUUACCGGCUUUUCCACCAACAUUUAAAUUUCAUGAAGGAACUUCGAAUUAUGAUUUAAAACGCCGCCCUGCAUGGACCGAUCGUAUAUUAUAUGCUCUACAACCGCUCAACAAACGUCCAGACGAGAGAUUAGCAAUCGAACAAAGAUCAUACAAAUCAUUUCCAGCAUAUAACAUUAGUGACCAUAAGCCAGUGAGCAGCGAAUUUAGCGUUAAACUUUAUCCGAACUACCGAGCACCUUGUGUCAACUUUAAAGAAGUCGCCGAGUGGAAAAUUGGUGAAGAAAAUACAGUGGAAUAUGUAAAACCGAAUGACUUCGAGGAACGCAAUCACGAUUGGAUCGGUGUUUAUCGUGAGGACUUCGCAAGUUUAAAUGAAUAUAUCGGUUAUGAAUAUGUAAACCAAGCGGAGUCACCACCAUCGUCACCCGACGCACCUGUAGAUCCCUUCUUUGAAACACCAGGUCCACAACGUUCACGCCGUCACCAACAUCGCAAUCGUGAGCGUUUGCGUCGUCAACAGUUGCAGGACGAAGAAGACAUUCGACUCGACUUCUCAGAUGACAUCAAUAUGCGAGAUGGCGAGCGUUAUUUGCUAAUAUAUUUCCAAAACUCUGGCAUGCGGGGCGUAACCAGCGUAUCUGGUAUGAGUAACAUAUUUCGUGCAGUUAUGCCCAGAGGAAAUGCUAAUUAAUAUUUUUAACUUAGCUAAUAUGCAAUUUGUUUAUAUUUCGUGACUUAUUUAAAUACGUUUUAGUUUUUAUUAUAUCAAGGCGAAAGACAUGUACAUACAUUAAUAAUUUAUUGUAUACAUACAUACAUAUGUAUUCCGAGUUAUGAAUAUUUAGUCAAUUUAAGAACAAAUAAUACGCAUUUAGACACGUUUUUAAAACAUUCUAUAUGUAGUGUGUGAUAAUGAUAAAAGUACUAACAAUUUAAAUAAAAGUUGUACAGUUUACAUUUUUGACGAUGGAA